AUGUUGGCUCAGGCAGUUGUAGAAUUUUUCAAGCAUAAAGUUGUGAGUAGUAUUAUUGUACUGGCAUGUUGGCCAGCCAUAGAACAACUAAAAUUCACCCGUCAGCUUUCUCAGUACGGUAUGAGCGCUACCUUUUCCUGCGAGCCAGCUAUUCUUGACAAAAUACAUCCUCAGUAUUUACAGGGGGUUCUGUACAUGGUCCGUGAAGAUGACAACCUGUCCUUCUUUAAAAAGGUAAAACGCGUACAUUUCACGAUGAAGUACAAGUGGCUGCUACUUGGUGACCAUGUUCCUGAGGCGUUGAGAGACAUACGAUACGACUCCGAUAUCACACUCCUCAAGUGGAGUCGUAACAUCAGUUACGAGACCAAGAAAUCUACAAACCUGGCUUUAUUACCAGAGCCCCCAAGUUCACCGAUCUACUUUUACGACGUAUACGUCCAUCCCAGAGAAGGAAUAUCCUUACAUUACUGGGCUCACUGGACCAAAGAGUCCGGUUUUGUCGUAACGCAUGAUCGAGAGAAGAUACUACGAAGAUUGGACUUGCAGAAAUAUCCUCUGAGAAUUGCAACUCCUGUUGGCCACUAUUCCAGUGAUAAAUACGACGGUACCUUCGUAGACUACUUGAAAGAUGAGUCUAUGUUAGACCAGGACCCUGGUAUCCGCAGCGCACACAGUGCAUCUAUGCUUCUCACUGAAGCGGUUAAUGCUCAAGAUGUCCUAAUAGAGAACGAACUAUGGGCAACCGUGGUAAACAACAACAGUAUGUUCUUGAUGGUGUCAAAUGGUCAGGCGGACCUCUCGGGCGGAGUUUUGAGACUUCUCUUGGAUAGAUCUUUUAAACUUGACUACGUAACGCCACUUUGGCCUUUCAGGGUUGGUUUUACGUACUUAGCGGAGCGGGAGAGUAGCAGCAACAUGUACUUGGAGCCAUUUUCCCCUGGAGUCUGGUGGUCUUGUCUAGGCAUAAUGGCCAUCCUCGCUAUGGUGGAGUGGAUCACUGCUAAAACACCCAAGGAGAAAGAGGGCGCAUUGUAUACUGUACUCACUACGUGGCUGCAGCAAGAUGCUAGCGCCGUGCCCGAGGGUGCAUCAGGCCGCUGGGCUUUCACGGUGCUGUCAAUAAGCGCAAUGCUGGUGCACGCCUAUUACACGUCGGCCAUAGUGUCAGCCCUCAUGAGCACCGGCCGUGGUGGCCCCGAGACUCUGAAGGCCCUCGGAGACUCCAAAUAUGCCAUCGCCUCGGAAGACUACGAUUAUAUGCGUUAUUUGUUCUUUGAUGUAGAAACCACAUGGGAUGACCUCGAAUACUUGAAAAAGAAAAAGAAGACUUCAAAGUUCUACCAAGAGUUGGAGCGUGGCGUUGAACUGAUCCAGCAGGGUAACACCGCCUUUCACAGCGAAUACAACCAGAUAUACCCGCACUUCAAGACCUUCAGCGACGACCACAUCUGCAAACUUCAACACAUUGAUACUAUUCCUGAAAUAUUAACAUGGGUUACUACAACCAAACACGGGCAGUGGACAGAAGUCUUACGCAUAGCGGGGAGUUGGCUACACGAGACCGGUUUACGAAAACGCCUGGUCAAUCGCUUACGGAUCCCUCAGCCACCGUGCCGAGCGUCCCUUCUCGCUGAGAGGGUGAAACUAGGGGACAUUGCUCCCUUGCUCGCCUUGACUAUGCUUGGAGCCAUUCUAUCUGUCGUGCUACUGGGAAUUGAGAUUAUGUAUGCUAAGGCUAAAGGAAGGAAAUUACAAGAAGGGGACGCAAAACAUGCUUUACAAGAUAAUGAUGAUAGUUCUGAAGUCACAGAUGUUGUCUGCAAUUAUUUAGCUUAA